ACUCCGAGGCGGCGCAGCGGCUGGUUGACGGUGGCGCCGACGUCGACGCCCGGGACAAGCGCGGCAGAACGCCCUGGGAGUACGCCCAAGGGAGUGGCCAUGAGACGCGGAUCUCGCUGGUUCUGCGUCCCGUCCAGGUGGGCUUGCUGAGUGGCCGAACUGUGCGCUGUGACCCGUAUCCCAGCCAUACAGUGCGGGACCUGCUCGAAGAAGCCCAGUCAAAGCUUGGGACUGGGAUCCACCACCUGGUUACAAGUUCUGGAACGACUUUGGAAGAACAUUUGUCUUUGAAAGAAGCUGGCAUUGACUAUGCCAGUUCUGUUACUGCAAUAGCUUUGGUCAACGACGAUGAGGAAGUCGGUGCUUCACAAAGUGCAACUCAGGCUUCUAACGCGAUGCAGGGAGGAGUUCUCGGAGCUCGUGGAGCCCUUGGGACUCGGAGCAAGUACAACCUGCAAGACCCGCAGCAGCUGAUUCGACUUCUCCUCGACGCAAACAUUGGCUUGAUGCGGUUGGAGUACUUGCGGGAGAUGAUUGACACAGAUCGAAGGUUCCCUCGCAGGCAGGAAGCAGACUUCGAAGUCACAGCUGCAGGUCUUCCUGCCAUCGUUCAGCCAUCAGAGUUGCAGAGGGUGGAGAUUGAUGCCUUGGGCAACAUGAGCAUGUACGUCAUGGACCCCACACCGCGGAGGGUGACGGUGCUUAUCAUGUCAAUCUCUCACGUUUGGGAGAGCAUGGAGCAUCCAGACCCACAUGGGUUUCAGCUCCACGAGAUCAUCCAAAAGUGCCCUCCCGUCACCUCCACUUGUUCAGUUUGGAUUUUCUAUGAUUUUAGCUCGCUUUACCAGUACGGUGGCCGAACUGAGCCACAGGAAAGAUACUUCAGAGAAGCUUUGGCACACAUGCACACACUCUACGCCCACGAGGCAAUCAAGGUCCACAUAGUGGAAGAGCUCACUCCUGAGACAUGGAAGCGUCCAGGAACUGUCAAUGCUUUCUUUGAGAAGGCAGGGCGUGUGAUUCCUAUCCCAAUUGACCAACUCACGGUCAAUAUGACACCUUACUUGCUCCGAGGAUGGUGUCAAGCUGAGCGGCAAUGGUCAAGCCUGCGGAUGUCAUUAGUCUCCUGCGUUCCAAUGCCACCGGACCUAUUCCGCCGCAAGAUGGAGGAACAAGGUCUCCGUUUCACCCACCAUGAUGACAAGGAAGUUGUCAUGAAGCUCCAAGCUCAGGUCUUUGCAGAGAAGGUCUUGACCACCCGGCAGUUGAUGGCUGAACACUUGGACGCAGAUGCUCUUGACGUUCUUUGUGCAGCUUUGCCGUUCUAUGCAGAUCUAGAUGAGGUCGUAGUCAAUGGCAACUUGUUGUCAUUCAAUGCAGCUGUGGCAGUGGCCAGGACGAAUGCACGAUCCUUCCAAAUGGAGUCCUGUGGACUCGGAGAUGAAGAAGUAGAACAUACUGCGGCAACACUCCUAAAUUGCGACAAGGUCGAAGAGCUCAGGCUAGGACGCAACAACAUUGGGCACAGAGGGCUUCAAGCCUUGGGAGACUUGAGGAAAGCAAAACCGAACCUCUACAUCGAUGUCCUAGACGAGAGGAGUCUCAAUAAUGCUGAUUUUGCACCUGACAUGAAAGACGAUGCCCAG